AUGCACUCGUCGCCCAACUGGGUCCUCUGGGCUGCCGUGGCGUACUGGUCUUGGAAACCUGCGAGGGCUGCCACCGCCGCCACCGCCGCCACGUCACACACGUCCAAACGCCAGCCCGCCAUCUUCUCAAAGAGCCUCAACGAUGCCGAGCUAAACAAUGUGGACCGCAGCGGCGCGGCAGGCGUUGCUCUUAUUGUCCGGCAUAUGGGUUACCGGCUCAGCACUCGGCCACCGAGCCCGAGCCGAAUCUAA